UAUUACCGUUAGGAGGACACGCACAAAGGAAAAAGACCAGACUAUCCAGACGCGCUUGCAUCAUACAGCCAUUUUGGAAGCUUGGUCCUCAUAAUUCGGAGCUUUUUUUUGUACAAACAUUAAUAUACAUACCUAUAAUAUAGCUUGUCGCGUCGUUAUAAUUAUUUAAUUAAAAUUUUAUUAUUAUUAUAUUAACAACUCGUUAAUCAUCAUCAUCGACUCAUAAAAAACUAAAGAAAAACAACAUUAAAUAUGGAGGACGAUCAGCAGUUCUGCUUGAGGUGGAACAAUCAUCAAAGUACUCUUAUUCAAAAUUUUGACACACUCCUUGAGAGUGGCACAUUGGUUGAUUGCACUCUUGCAGCGGAGGGGAAAUAUCUUAAAGCCCACAAAGUUGUCCUCUCCGCGUGCAGUCCAUACUUUGAGGGUCUUCUUAGUGAACAUUAUGAUAAACAUCCAGUUUUCAUAUUAAAAGAUGUUAAAUUUAAAGAACUCAAAGCUAUGAUGGACUACAUGUACAGAGGUGAAGUUAAUAUAUCACAAGAUCAAUUGGCAGCAUUAUUAAAAGCAGCUGAGUCAUUACAAAUCAAAGGAUUAUCGGAAAGUAAAGGUGGUAAUGGUAGUACAAGUAAUAAACCAGAAACAAGACAACAAAAAACAGCACCAUCAACGACACAAUCAUCAGACAUUCCACAUGGUUCUUCCGGUUUGACAAUAGAAAAAAAUAAUAAAAAUAAUAGGCACAAUUUGGCACAAAGUUCAGUUAGUGAUUUGCCAGAAGAUUCAGCAAGUCCACAACUACCAAAGGGUCUAUCUUCCAGAGAAGGAUCUCAAAGUCCAACUGCUCGAAGAAGAAAACGUUUAAGAAGAAGGAGUAUGAAUGAUGAUAAUUCAAUUGACAAUCAUGAAGCAUCAAAUUCAAGUGAUAUGACACAACAUGUAUCUGGUGCAAAUACAAAUACAGUUGAUGAUAAAUCAGAACCAGUUGAUCCACUUGGUAGAUCUGCAUUGAUGCAACAACUGACCAAACCUACUGAUGACAUGAUGACAAUUGAAAAACCUGAACCUACUGAUACCUUGAUUGAGCCAAAGUCCGAGUACCUGGAUGACCCUGAAGAAAGUGUUGAAGACCUUACCCUUGAUGAUGACAUGAAUGAUCUUAAUGAAAUGGAACAAGAUAACAACAGAGCUGGACCCUCACAUGAUCCCUCUCAACAUCCUGGACUUGCAGCGUGGCAUGUUUCUGGUGACCGAAGCAAUGCCAGUGGUGUUGUCGGUGCUGCUCCAGGUGCAAAUGAUGAAGUAUUUCUAGCAGCACAGGAGGCCGCUCAGGCCCAUCGCGACUCUCAAGGUUUCUUUGCGAGAAUUGGAUGGACUGGUGAAACAAAUCGUCGUCGUAAUUACAAUAAUAUUAACAACAACAUCAACAAUAAUAAUGAAGAUAUUGUACCAGAACCAUUGACACCACAACGACGUGCACGUCUUCAUUGUCCAACACGUCAUAAUAAUCGUAAUAAUAAUCGACAAUUAACAAUAUCAACACAUGAAAAACGUCAUGAUUGUUCACGUUGUGGUAAAUCAUAUAAAAAUGCUUAUAUAUUACGUCGUCAUAUACUUUAUGAAUGUGGUAAAUUACCAUCAUUUAAUUGUUCACAGUGUUCAUUUAGUUCAAAAUAUGAAAGAAAUCUUAAAGCACAUAUUAAUCAUCGUCAUGUUAUGACAAAACAACAACCAAAUUCAACUCUUAAUCAACGAACGUGAAUUUUUUAAUCACGCUCAUUGAUUAAUCAUUUUAUUUGAUUACUAUUAUUUUUAAAAAAUAAUUUUUUUUUUAAAUUUUAUUUGGGAAUUAUUAUAACAAUGUGCCAAUUGAAAAAUUUAAUAUUUUUUUUUUCUUUUUUCUUUUAUUAAUUUUACUUUAUGAUGCCAAAUUAGACAUGAUAUUGAAUCGAUUUUUUUUCUACGAUUCAAUUCAAAUCCAUGACAAUAUUUUUAUUUUUUAUUUAAUUUUAUUUAUCAUUUAAAAUAAUGGCAUUUUUUUUUUUUUAAUUUGUGGUUAAAUUAUUGAUUUAAAAUUAAUCCAAAUAAAUGCCAAAUUAUUUUUAUACAAAUUAUAAAAAAUGAGAUAAUAAAAAAUAAUUUAAAGGUUUUUUUUUUUUCGAUAAUAGGCUGAUGAAUAUUUUUAAAGAAAUACAUCUGAAUAUAGCCAAAGAAAAAAAAUAAAUAACGAGUAAUUUCUUUGAAUAAAAUGAAAAUAAUAAUUUUAUUAUUUAAACAUUUCAAUAAUAAGUUAAAACCUCUUCCAAUAGUUAACUGGCUAGUGCUCUUAUUUUCAAUAAUUCGAGAUAGAAAAAAAAUGAAUAUAAAUAAUUAUAAUUGUUGUUGAAAUAAUAAUGCAAAAAUUCUCAUUGUGAGUCUAGUCAUUGAAAUGCCCAAUUGGUUAAUAGUGCCAACUAGUAAAAAGAAAAAACAUACGUAAUCUUGUCUUAGAAAUAAUUGAAUUUCGAAAUAUGUACUAGCUUCGAUUUAAAAUUCUUCCAAAUAUUUUUAACUGUUUAAAAAGAGUUUCAUCUUGAAAUAAUACUAUAAGCUAUUUACAAAGAAAAAAAAAGAAAAAAAAAUGUUUUUUUCUAGUCAUAGUUUUUCUGUAGUAACAAAUAGUCACUGGUCAAAAUAAAUUAUAUUAUUAGACACUAAUAUAACAUAUAAUCUGUGGCUGUAUAUGUCAGAUAAAAAAAAAAUUAGUCAAAGCUUAAAAUGAACAAAGAAAAAACAUAAUAAUAAUAUUAAUAAUUUAUCCUUCAUCUGUAGUUUUUAAGAAAUAAUAUCUUUCUUCUCAUAUUAUAUAAUCUUGAGAAUCUAUUACUCAAAAUAAUUAUAUUAAUGUUAAUUUUAACUUCUAUUAUUCAAAUAUAAUAAUUAACAUGACUGUUAUAUUUUUAAUUAUAAAAAUUUCAUCGAAUUUUUUCGAAAUCUUUAACUUGCUUUGUGUGAUAUUUUAAAUUGCCAACUUGAUAAACUUUUCUGUGCCAAAAAAACAAAAAAAAAUAACGACAACUUUUACACAAAGACCAUUGCAAAAAUUAUUAUGUCAACUAACGAUUUUUAUUUCGAUGCAAAGUGUCUAACAGUGUCUUCCAAUGAACCAACAAAAAAUUAAUAAAAUAUUUAUGUAAUUUUGCAAUAAUAAUAUUGUGGCAAAUAAAAUCAAAAAAAAUACUGACAAAAAUGAUAAUAAACUCUGCAAGGCAAAGACUGAAUAAAUUUUUUUUUCUAUUGCAAAACAUACAGAUAAAAUUAAACGUAAAAAUUGUUCGUUAAAUUUGUAUGAAAUUAAUUGAUUAUUAUUUUUUUUUCGUCGUGCCAAUAUAGUUGAAAUGUUUGAAAUAGAUUGAAACAUUUAUGCAAUAAUUAAAUGUGUUUUAAACCUAACACAAAAUGCCUAUAUGAAAAUAAAAAAAAAUAAUAAUUCAUUGCCAACAUUGUGAGAAUUAAAAACAUAAAAAAAAAAUAUAUAUAUAUUAAUCACAUAUAUAAAAAAUUGUGCAUAUAUAUUUAUAGAAUAAUCAAUAUAUAAUAGAACAAAAAAAAAUAAUAAAAUUAAAAAAAAAAAAACAAAAAAAUAAUGGUUAUAUAAAAAACAAACAUAAAAAAUUAGACUAUUAAUGAUUGCGAUAAUAAUUAGCAUGUAAAAGUUCAUAAUAUUGAAAAAAAAAAAAGUUAUGUCAGUAAAA